AUGUCGCUCCUUCGCGCAACGACCUCGGCCCUCCGCACGACAUGCGGCAGGCGCGCCUUUUCCACCAGCUCCAUCCCCCGUCUCGCCGCAGCAGCCACCUCCUCCGCGGGUCCGUGGUCCGACCGACCCGCGACACCACGUCUCAACCGCUACCUCGUCGUUGCCGAGGACCACGCGGACACAGGCGCCAACGCCCGCCGCUUCGAGGUCCGCGAGCGUCAUCUCGAGCAUGCCCAGUCCGGCAAGCGCGCCGGCCGCAUCGAGCUCGGCGGCGCCCUCCUCCGCAAAGACUUUCACGAGAUCGACCAGGACGUAGGCCCCGGCCCGCACAUGGCCGGCAGCGUCCUCGUCGUCCUCGCCGAAAGCAUCGACGAUGUUCGCGAAAGGGUGAUGAAGGACGAAUACGUGCAGGGAAACGUAUGGGAUGUCGAGAGGAUCAAGAUCUAUCCCUUCCUCCAAGCGCCACUGGUCAAGGUUGAGGAUGGAUUGGUAGAGGAGGGCCAGGAGAGGGUGGAGAAGGAUGCAAAUGCGACACUGGGUCAGUUGCGACAGGAUUUGGCCGCGGGGAAGGGGCCCAAGAUCGUUACGUUGGGCGCGUUGAGGAGGAUGCACCAGGCGGUGUUCCGGUCAGAGUAA